UUUAAAUGCCUCGGUGGGACGUCAAUCGAUAACUACAUGGUUCACUGUGUAAACUGAUAGAGGUCGACUAGCUAAAAAGAGGCGUAGAUAGGGUGUCGCUAGCUGCUAGGCUACUAGGUACUAGAUUCUUGCUCUUCCCGCCUGCUAUAUAGCCUUCUAGAUAUGGAUACUAAUAAUACUUCUUUUUGCAUUGUUGGGCCUUUUCUACCCUGCUUGGAGAGCUUGGCCUAUCUGCAAACUGCGCUUAAAAUCAGGCAACACCCACUUGACCAUCCACUCUGACUUGAGGACCUCUUCGGCUGUUGGUCGCUCUUCUGGCUGGAAUGCCAGCAUUUGACGCAUCAAUUCUAGGAGAGCAACCGUUUCCUCCCGACCAAACUCACCUACUCGACGCUUCCGUCGAUACUUCUGCACGCCUUCCUCAAAUGCUUCAUCAAUUGGAGGCCACACAUCCCGGCGUUCUUUCGGACGUCCAUCCUGGUUGAAGAAUUGACUCCGUUCGUCCCAUCGCUCCCACCACUUUGAGGGAAUUGGUCCCAGCACAUCAAUUUGCUGAGAGAUUAUGUCAUCCACAGUCGCGAAUUCGCUACUGAAAAUGGCCUUCAUGCCAAGAAUCUCCCAGAUUGUUAUGGCCAGGCUCCAAAUGUCUGCUGAAAAUGACAGCGGGGCAUGCGGCUCGAAUCGGGCUUCUGGGGCCCGCAUAGCCAACGGCGUGUGGCAGUCUUCCCCGCGACGAACCUCCAAGGCUGGGGCAAAUGCCUCGCCAAAGUCACUAAGAAGCACACGCGCGUCAGACAGUGAGAAUUCUUCUGCAUUUUUCCCAAGGCGGAGUGGGAUCACUGCCUUUGCUGGAACACUGGGUGGAAGCGAUUUGCCAUUGCGCUCCAUAAUGGGGACUGUCUCAGGCUUGCCAUAUUCUUCAUAUAACUGUUCGAUCGAGAGCUGAUCGAAACUUGAUGGGAGUUUAACUAAGAUGUUGCGAAGGUGGAUAUCUAAAUAAAGAUGAAUAUUAGCUGAGGAGGAUUCAGGCACAAAAAUUAUGACAAUGACAAACCUCCAUGGACAUAGCCUCGUGAAUGCAAAUAUGCAAUAGCUACUGCGAGGCCACCCGACAGCGCCCGCGUAACUUCAAGAGGAAACAGGCGGCUAAAAGAGACCUCUCUGAGAUUGCAUCGUGCGGGGGUCAUUGUGUAGCAUGGAUGAGUUCCAUUGGGACCGUGUAGCUUGAAUUCAUCUAGGAUGAAAGGAAUUGAAUUGCGCCCUGGAUGUAGGAAUGAAGACAACGGUAGUGGCGCGGAAAGAGCUCGCAGAAUCUUAGUCUCAUGCGGAAGCGAGUUUGCUAUGCCAACUUUGACAGCAACAUAGCGCUUCAGAUGAGUGUCUUGGGCUAGCCAAACAGUUGAAUAGCCUCCGAAACCCAGCUUGUCCACGAUGCGGUAUCGCUCGUGUAGCAUAUCCCCAAUCAUGAUAGGAUGAUAACCCCCAGGUUUGUACCUUUCGAGUGACUCUGCACCGUCGAUCCAGUUGUAGGCGAAGCGAUGCUCCCUUCCAUCUUCUUCCCCGCGCGACAUUACCGUUGAUGAAUAAGAAGAUGAGAAGCUCAACUCAACCUUCCGAGAGCGGCAAAUGGAUGGUGGACGUGACAAUGGAGUCGAGAGUUGAAGGGACUUCGAUGCCCAGAAAACAAGGAUAGAAGAAGCGGUUCUUUUAGAGUAACAUGCCAUGAUAAGUCGAAGUGGUGAUGGGUGGAUGGUGAACAGGGCCAGUACUUUACCCCGCUCUUUACAGGGUAAAGAUAAAAAUAUAAGAAGAGCGCGAUGGCCCUCUCUUCAUAAUCCCUACAAUCAAAAUAUAAAACAUUUGGACUCUUGCUAGUGGUGUCUGCUCCUACAUUGUUGCUUCUUGAAAAUAUGGCUACUAGAGGGGGCGCCAACUUUGUCAGAUACUUUUUCUAUGCCGGCAACACGAUCAGUUCAAGUCAAAAAAAAACUCUGGUCGCCCUGGCCUAUGCAACAGCUCGAGACCAAAAACUUGCUCCUAAGGCGAUUCUCAUUCGAUCUGACAUGCACGAUACUACCACCGUCGAAGGCAAACAUGUCAAAGACCCCAAAGGCUGGCAUGGCACCUUCGCCUUCAAAGCCGAUGAUCAGGUGGAGCGGGAAUUCCAUGUGGCAUCGCAUGGGUACACGAAUGACAAAGAGGACUUCGUCCUAAACGAGGCAACACAUACUCCAGAGAAGGAGGACAAAACUCCUCGGGGUGGAAGGGGAUCUGGAAAGGUUGUUUGGCCAGCUGAGGACCUACUUGAAGAAUAUGUGGACAGUCCCAUUGGUUACUCGCACCUACCCGAGCAGAAUUAAGAGCCAGGAAGAAGGCAAUGAGCAUUGUUAUACAUUCCAUUUUGGCACAAAGUGGGCACUGUUUAAUGUGUUGGUUUUGUUCAUAUUACUUUCAAAUCCGGACACUUAAUGUAGUGAAAAUAUGUUGUCAUAAUCCUAAAACUAUCUUUUUAUUUGUGGAGGACUCACCAUGAAGGCAAUCAUACGAAUUUUGAUAUUUGCGGCGAUGACGGAUGCGACUCGCAUAGCCUAGGCCGGUAUGGAAACAUAUACUGUGUCUGGAUAUGGAAGGGCUGGAUGCAUCUUCUAAAUCCACCGGCUUAUACAGGCUGAUGAAAGCUGACAAUGCUUCAGUUUAAACGCCGAGUAAUCUUGUUCCCAACUAUAUCACCCACCCUUGAUUUUUGAGGUUACUGUUCAGAAUCUGGGUUUCAUCUUCCACAUCUUUGUUUGCAGCAGCAAAGCUUCAUUGUAUAUCCUCAGUUUCAUCAGUCACAGUUGAAAUAUCAGAAUCAUCUAAUGUAGCAGCUAUGUCAGAGUUCAUCUGAUACUGAGAUGCAGAAUGAUAUUGAGACUCAGUUUCUGAGAAUCUUUCAU